AUGAAAUCAUCAAGCCAGGACACAUUGUCGAAUUUAAAACACCUGGCGACAACUCAGGCAAACAUCGAAGGACUAUCAGCAGACCUAUGUGCGCUAUCAAAGACACUAAAUAAGAUAAACGACGGAAUGUAUUUAGAUAUCUACCAGCUUAAAACACUGUUAGCGGAUGUCAUGUACAAUCCGGAACACGGAUUCGAAAAAAUAAGAUGUGAGAUCAGUCAAAUCGUGCAAUCAGGAAGUGCAAUGCAGAUCUUAAGAUCCGUGCAAAUCCCGGAGAGUCACCUGAAACCCGGGAAACACAGGAGAAGAGCAACGAAGGACAACAUCACGCCUGCCGGUGUAGUACGACAACCUCCAUUAAAUUCAUCGAAGCACUUGUGUCAAUAUGCUUGUAAAAUGACCAAAGAUAUUUAUUCGCAACUUUAUGUUGACUAUAGUAGAGUUAAAAGUUUGUAG